GGUGAUGGCCGCUUUGGUGAAGGUUUGUCUUGAGGGCACUAAUGUGUGGCUCCUAUUGCCUCUUCUUUCGCCUCUAGAUUUGUGGCCUGGCAUUUCUGCUUACAGCAAACGAAGAGCUGUCAAGGAAGUGAGGCCUAUGCGAUCAGUGUAAGUAUGGGCCUGUGGAGUAGGGAGCCUGAUCAUCAGAAGGUGACCAUUCGGUCCAUCCUGGCCCUGAUGGCUCUGUGAUAGAGCAGGUUAUAGACCAUUGGAGUUUAAACCACAAAGAUGGCGGUGUCUGUUGGAGAAAGCCAAAUCCAAAGGAUAAUCCGAGACCUAAAGGAUGCAAUUUCAGAAUUAAAUCGAGAACACAAGGAAAAUGGUGAGCCAAUCACUGAUGACAGCACCAACUUGCACAAAUGCUGCUUAAAAUUAGAGUACCUCCUUCAGUUUGAUCAGAAGGAGAAAACUACUUUUCUCGGCACCAGGAAAGACUACUGGGAUUACUUCUGCAAUUGUUUAGCCAAGGUGAAAGGAGCUAAUGAUGGAAUUCGCUUUGUGAAGUCUAUCCCAGAGCUGAAAACCUCUCUUGGGAAAGGACGAGCAUUUAUUCGGUAUUCCUUGGUCCAUCAACGCCUAGCUGAUACGGUCCAGCAAUGCUUGAUGAAUGUAAAAGUCACAAGUGACUGGUACUAUGCCCGAAGUCCAUUGCUGAUAUCUCAUCUCAGUUCUGACAUUAUCGAUCACCUCUAUGAGCUGAAUGAAGUGCAGUUUGACUUGGCUUCUAGAGGACAUGAUUUGGAUGCUUCUUGGCCAACAUUCGCACGGAGGUCCUUCAGUUUAUCUCAUUCUCCAUCGCAUCUUUGGAAACCACCAAGUAGAUGUUCAAGUGUAAGCAGUUUGGUCAGCAACUACUCACAAGCUCCAGACUCUUUAUUGAAUCCAGAGAUAAACAACCCAUUGAUCACGGAGCAGCUGGAAACCUUUGAUGAGUUACGUGCUGAACUUGAUCAGUCUGAUAUAAAGCAGAGGGAGAUGCAAGAGAAGAUCCAGCAAAUGGAACUGGAGAAGGAACAGUUACAAAGGACAAUAGCUUUGAAUGAGCAAACUGCAGAAGCUAUGAAGAAAUCAACUGCUCAUACCAUGGAAGAAAAUCAUAAACUGAGGCAGAUGUUGGAAGAGUUGAAUCAGAAUUUUGCAGGUUCUGCUUUUGCUCAAGGAAUUGUUAAGGAAUUUCAAAAAUCAUUGCAGAUUUUAGAAGACGGUUCCAUUGAAAAACAGAAGGAGCUUCAGAGGAAGGUUUUGGAGCUAGAAGACUGUACAACAAAGUUUCAGUCAUUAACACAAGAACUGGAGAGGAUCAGGAUUUCUGAAGAGGCCAAAACUGGCAUUGUUAAUGAGCUUCAGACCAAGCUAACUGCAGCGGAACAAAAGAAUGCAGAGCUGCUCGCGAGGAUAGAUAGUAUUUUGACUGAAAAGGGGCAACUAACAGCAACCCACUAUGAUUCGGCACAGAAGAUCCAGGAGCUUCUUGACAAGCUGAAUGAGGCUGAGUGGGAGGAAAUUGGCUUGCAGAGAUUAAGCAGUAUACAGCAGUCUCAGCUGAACAAGUUAAAAAAUGAUUUGGAAUCAAAAGAGACCUUAAUAAAUGAGCUUGAGUUGAAGCUACAAGAGGCAGCUUCGAAUCUUCAGGAGAAAAAUGCUAUGCUUACAAACAAAGAUGAAGAGAUAGAAAGUACCCUGAAUAAGUUGAAAGAAGUUAAAAAUGUACAAGAAAUGGACACUACGGAUCUUGAAUCAGGGCAGAAGUCUGUUCAGGAAUUGAGAAAAGAGCAAGAAGAAAUGCAAAUCAGAUAUGAAGAAUUAAAGAUCACUUUUGAGGAACAAACCAACACUCUUUCCAACAAUCUGAAAGCCAAAGAAUCGGAAUUAUCUGCUGCUCAUAACCAGGUACAAAAUCUUCUGGAGAUUCAGAAUACGCUUUUAGGUGAGAAAGAAGAUCUUACAAAAAAAACGCAAGAUUUAGAAGAAAUGCUCGCCAAACUGAAGACUAGGACAGAAGAUCUUAAUGUUGAAUAUCAGAAAUUGAAAGUUGAGGGCGAGAAACGUCACCAGGUUGUGCAGAAACAUGUUGAAAGAGAGGAAGAGUUGGAGAAGAUGUGUUUAACUCUUGAAACUGAGAUAGACAAAUUGAAUGCAUCAGAGAUGCAAUUGCAGGGCCAAAUAGCGGAUACUAUGGUGACAGUGGAUGAAAAAGAAACAAGGUUAAGGGAAGAAAACAGGCAGUUAAAUGAGAAACUGCAAUGUGCUCUCAGGCAGGUUAAGAGAGCAGAAGCAAAGCUGGAAAAGAAUCAGGUGGAAUUUGAUGAUCUGAAAGCAGAAAAAAAUAAAUUGGACGACUGCUUGCUAAACCUCCAAGUACGUUGCCAGGCUAAGGGAGAACUGAUUUCAGACCUGCAGAAUAAAUUGGUUGAAUCAAAGCAGAAUGAACAUGCAUUUGUUUCCCUACUAGAUCAGAAGGAAGGUGCUUUGCUUGAAAAGGUUAGCGCAAUAACGGAGUUUUCUGAAAAGAUUGAGAAAAGUCAGGUAGCUUUUGAGGCUUUGGAGAAAGAAAAGUUGAAUCUUGAGAGUAACUUUAAGCAGCAGAUGGCACUUUCAGAAAGCCUAGUACUUGAGCAAAAUGCAGUAGUGGAAGCUCAGCUACAGGCAAGAGAUCUUCAGGAGAAAGAAAUGCAGGAGAUAAAUGCAAAAUUAGUUUCAACUAAAAAUCAGCUUGAAAUCCAGCAGGCAGAAGUGACCAGGUUCAAGGCAGAGAGCGAAGAGCUCAAGUCAAAGCUUAAACAGGCACUCGAGGAAAAGGAAAGUAUAUGCAGUAAUCUAAAACUUGCAGUAUCUUCCAAGGAAGAAUACAGAGCUUUGGUUCAAAAUCUAAAAGAACAGAUACAAUCAAUCAAUCAUGAUCAUGCUGAGAAACUCUUGCUGAUUAAAGAAAAAGAAGAUUGCCUUAAAAAUGAAAGGGAGAAGUCAGUGCAACAGGUAAUUGAACUUGAGGAACAACUUGUGACUGCUAAGGAAGAGUUGUCCCAGCUGAAACAAUAUAUUGAAAAGAUUGAUCUUGAAAGUGUGGAGACCAAAGAUCUACUCCACAGGAUGAACACUGAAAUUGCGGAACUUGGUAUGCAGAUUUGUACACUCAGUGCAGAAAAAGCUGACGCUGAGAAGAAAUAUAUUGAAGUUUCUCAACAGCAAAUAGCAUUCUGCGAGGAGGUCAAAGCAGAACAAAACCAACUGAAUCUUGAUGUUUCCAAACUCAAGAGUGAGAAGGAACAGCUGCUGGAAGAGUUAAGGAGAUCGAAAGAGUCAGAAGCAACUGUCAAAGAGCUGCAGAGAAAUCUAGCACAAGCCCAACAGCAAGCAAAGGGCUGCCAAGAAGCUGCAAGAGAAGAAUUGUCUGCAGUCAAAUUUCAGAUGAGUGGAGAGAUGAUGGAUUAUCAGAAUAAACUAAAGACUGUUAAUGAAGAGUUGGAGGCUGUGAAAAAGGAUCUUAAUGGGCGACAAACCCAAAUAAUGUCAAUUAAUAAACAACUCGUUGAAGUUCAGGAUUGUAAUCGCAAAUUAAUGGAUGAAGUGGAACAGAAAGAACAAACAAUUGUGGAUUCACAAUUAUUGAGAAAUGAAAAAGAGGAGAAGCUAAGAUCCCUUUCUGAAAAUUUAAUCAGUACUCAGCAGGAAUUGGAAAAUGUAAAGAAGGAGCUUGAUGAUUACAAAACACACCUUCAGAAGACGCAAGAAGAGACUGAGAGAAAUGAACAAAAACUUGUGGCUGAAUUAGCUGACUUGAACAGGACUAAAGAGUUUUUGGAAGAGCGCUUAAUCGAACUCAUUAAAGACAAGGAUGCCCUGUGGCAAAAAACAGAUGCAUUAGAAUUUGAACAAAAGCUCCGUGCAGAAACCCGCUGGCUUGGUGACAAGGAGGUUCACCACUGUCUGGAUUGCCAAAGUCAGUUUACAUGGUGGUUACGUCGGCAUCAUUGCAGACUCUGUGGACGUAUCUUCUGCUACUACUGCAGCAAUAAUUUUGUAAUGACAAAGCACAGCGGUAAAAGAGAGAGAUGCUGCAGAGCCUGCUACACAGAACAUAGUGCUGUGGUUCAAAGACUGAAUGAUCCUGGAUCUUCCAGUACUCCAAACAGCCCUGAUGAAUCUCCCUCACGUUCAGUUUCAGAAGGACCAGCUAGCAGAAACACAGAAAGUUUAACCAAACCAGACGAUGCAACUUUUGACAUAAUUACAGAUGAAGAGCUGAAUGAAAUUGAUGAUAAUGAUUAUUCUUUGGAAUUGGGGAACCAGCUUCUAGCUACCCAGUCGGAAUCAACAAUGCCAAUCGUUCAUUCUCCAAGUCCCACGUGUGAUAAUGCAUCAGAACCAAGUAUUCCACCUGAGGAUGGAUCAGCACAACCUAUGCAGGAUGCAGAGAUUACUUUGUUGAAAUGUGGAGAAAUUACACUCAAGAUACCCCUCAAGGUAGAUGAGAUUAGGGAAUUUGGAGACCACAAUAGAGAGCUUUUUAUUAAGGCCAGCUGCUACAGUCUCAUCCCUAUUGGUGUUGAAGAGUGUGGUCUGACCAUCAGCUGGAUCUUUUCUUCUGAUCCGAAGAGCAUCUCAUUCAGUGUUGUUUAUCAAGAAUCUGAACAAACUCCAUAUGAACAAUGCAAGGUUUUAAUUCCUCUAACUCGUUGCAAUUCCCACAAGGAAACAAUACAAGGACAAUUGAAGGUUAGGAAUCCGGGGCUGUAUUUGCUGAUUUUUGAUAACUCUUUUUCCAGGUUUACCUCUAAGAAGGUGCUUUAUCACUUAACUGUUGAGAAACCAAUAGUCUACGAUGGAAGUGAUGCUUCUGAACCCUGAAACCUGUUUGCGUGUAUUUUUGAACUGUUGAAGAAUAGCCAGGACUAUUUGGGGCAUUACUUUCCAAGGUUUGAAAACUAUGCAAACAGGCUUUAUAUAACAGUAUACACAGUAACUUUUCUAUUAUAGUGCUGCAACUCAUAAAUUACGUAUCUGGGGAUAUUCAGGAUGAAGCAGGGUUUCUGUUGUGGGUGAGCACGAAGCCUCUGUUUUGCAAUAGGAAUGACAGUUGCACCGUAUGUUUUGUUUAUAUAAUCGGGUGCCGAUAUAGUGUUUUUCCUUCUAGGGGAACCCAGUUUUGCUGUCGCCUUCUUGUCAUCACUUUUACCACACUUGCCAGCUGCAGUUCAUUGCAAAGCUACAAACUGUCAUACAAGUGGAAAGCUCCUGCAGUGCAUUAUGGCAUGGGGAAGGCUUAAGUGGGUUAAUGUUCUCUCGUUCCCAGUGAUUCGUUGGAGCAUGUGACCCACAGCGAUGACUGUGGUGAUGACCUACUGAGUAUGUGCGGUUUAAAACAUGGGACAGUGUAGUUGGGGCAGUUUAACAAGAGACACUUAUUUAUAUUAAAUGUCACGAAUAUUUUGACUAGAGCUAGGUAUAUUUUGAAAUGUUUGUAUGCCUGGAGCUAAGGGGGCAUUCAUAUACAUUUUUAACGUUACAGCUUUGUAGUAAAGCUCAUUUUAAUAGUGCAAUAUCUAAAAUAAAGUAAAUUCUUUUGAAGUCACACUGCACUUCUGCGCUGUUUGAAAAUUUGCUAGUUAGGCAGAGCCCAUUAAUUGAGGAAAUCAAUACACACUUCUCAACCAAGAUCAAACAUUUACGAUUUGAUUUUGUUAAUGUUAUUUCUUUUCAUGGAAACUUACCUAAUCAUUGAAACCAAAAUCAUUUUACUAAAGAUCAGAAGCACAAGUUAAAUGUUCUUCUCUCAGAUCACGAGUUACAUCUCCAGAAGUGAGGUCUGUUACAACAGAAUUCACACAAAAUCAGAUCUGAUUGCACCCACCAUAUUUAAACUAAAUCGGAAAUAGGAUGAUCUGCAUUGGUUCAAAUCUCUGAAUUUCCGCUCUGUCUCUAUUGCUUUUUAUACCAUUGCUCUAAGCCUAACCCAAAAAGCCUGGGUCAGUAGUGUACUGGAUAUGUGACUGGAUUGAGAACUAAUAAUCGAGAAGAUGUAAGUUGAAAUUCCACUCGGCCAGCUUUAUGGACCUGAAAGAUCUGUAAAUGAAAAUAAAACAUGUUACAAGCAGUAAAUGUACUCCAAUUGUCUUAGAACCCUAAAUGGUUCGCUCGAAGGAAGCAGGAAGAACUUGCCAUCUGUUUGCAAUCUGGUCUUUGUAUAACUCCAAUCCUGAAGUCAACUCUUAACUGCUCAGUCAGUUCUAACAAAGAAUGGUAAGAAAUAAAUUCCCUUUUAAUGUUUUGGUAUCUCCACCACACAUGAUGCAGCAGUGCAGGAAGACAGCCCAUUGCUGCCCUGUCAGGGUCACUAAGUAGAAUAAAUUUUUUAAAAUGUUUCCAGUGAUGCCAAAGUUGUGGGAAUGAAUAAGAAAAUCAUCAUACAAGUGAAAUUUAUAGGCCACGUAAUUUUAGGACAUUAUCUGGUACAGUUACUGUUGUCUUCAUUUGUUACAAUGUAAGAGGCUUCACAUCUUCCUCUCCUUCGUUGGUUGCCCCAUCUUUCCUUCCAUUGCCAAUGUCAAAGGUUGGCUGUUUUUACUCUCAGAGCAGAGGAUCCACAGAAUUAUCAUUAGUUCCAUUCAAUACUUACACUGCUGAUCCCAUCCCCAUUGCCUUCUUGAGGCAGAGGGUUCCAACGUUGCACAACACUUUGAAGAUAAGAAAGUUGUCCUCAUUCUCAGUCCACAAAAGUGACCCUCUAACUUUUAAACAGUGUCCCCUAGUUCUGGACUGUCCCACAAGAGGAAACAUCCUUUGCAUGUCCACCUUGGCAAGACCAUGCAGGAUUUUAUAGACAUCAAGUUAACUCACCCCUUACUCUUCUAACUUCCAGCAGAAGCAUGCAAGCUGGGACAACUUCUCGCUCCUUCCAGAUACCAAUCCAGUAAACCUCUUCUGAACUGCCUCUAAUGCAUUAAAGCCCUUCUGCACACAGUAUUUGAGUCUCACCAAUGCCUUGUGUUUUAGGCAAUUAAGUGGCCAUCAUUGAGCAUUCAUCAUGAUUUUUUGAAUUCAUCCAGGGAAUAUGGGCGUCACUGACUAGGCCUGCAUUUAUUGCAGUCCCGAAUUUCCCUGUAGAAGGUUUAGUAAUCUGACUUACUUUCCUGUGCCAAUACAGGUAGGUACAGGUAGAAUGUCAGGAACAGAUCCCUAGGAUUUUGACCCAUCGACAGUGAUUACUCAGUAAAAUAGUUCCAAGUCAGGAUGGUGUUUGUGGCUUGGAGGGGAACUUGCAGCUGUUGGCAUUCCCAUCUGUCUGCUGCUCUUAUCCUUCUAAGUGAUAACGGUUUCAGAUUUAGAAGGUGCUAUAUAAGGAGCCUUGGUGAGUAAUGCAUUUAAUCUUGUACGCACUGUUGCUACUUUGUACAGUGGUGAAGGAAGUGAACAUUGAAGGUAUGAGAGAGAGAGCUGCCUUUUCCAUGAUGGUGUUGGGCUUCUUGAGUGUUGAUGGAGCUGCAGUUGUCCAGGCAAGUGGAGAGUAUCCCAUCACACUCUUGACUUCUGCCUUGUGUGACCAGGCUUUCAAGAAUCAGGCGCUAAUUACUUGUCACAGAAUUCCUAGCCUCUGACAUACUCUUUUCGCCAUCAGAUUUAUAUGGCUAGUUCAGUUCAGUUUAGAUCAGUGGUCAUUCACCCAACCCUGCUUUGUUAAUAGUAGGGGAUUCAUCAAUGAGCAAUAGUUGGGUUCUCUCUUGUUGGAAAUGGUCAUUGCCUGCACUUGUCUGGCACAAAAGUUACUUGCCACUUAUCAACCCAAGCCUGAAUGUUACACAGAUCUUACUGUGUUUUGGCACACAUCGCUUUGGUACCUGCGGAGUUGCAAAUCGUGAGAAUGUUAUACAUUCAUCAACGAAUAUCUGCACUUCUGACUUUAUAGAACUUUACAGCACAGUACAAGCCCUUCAGCCCUUGAUGUUGCGCCGACCUGUGAUAUUAAUCUGAUGCCUAUCUAACCUACACUAUUCCAUUAUUAUCCAUUUGAAUGUCCACUGUCCAUUUAUCACAUCAUAAUUGCCUUUCCCCCCCGUUAUACCACUUUCUAUAGGCUAUAUACCUAUCCCUGCCCAUAACUAUUGUAUACAUAACCAAAUUGUGGAGAAAGUGAGGUCUGCAGAUGCUGGAGAUCAGAGCUGAAAAUGUGUUGCUGGAAAAGCACAGCAAGUCAGGCA